AUGUCUCCGACUUUUACAGAUUUAUGUGGUGAAUCUGACUCAAUAACACAACAAACUAAUGAUAUUCUAUAUAAAAUUAACAAAAUAGAAAAAGAAGAACUUGAACAAUUGGAGGGGUAUUUAAUGUUAAGAGAACAACAACAAUCACUUAAAAAAAAACACGACGAAUUAUUCAAAAAACUACAAUAUUUAUCAGAUAAAUAUAAUAAUAAAUUACCGAGAAGAUUAAAAGAUGCCUUGAAAAAAUUUCAAAAGCCUAGCAAAAACAAAAACGAUGUUCAUUAUAAAAAUGAAUCAACAACCACAAUCGACGAAAUUAAUCGGAAUUAUUUACAAUCAAGAUUGGAUUGUUCAAAUAAACUAAUGCAAGUUAAACGUGAAUUAUUCAAAUGCAUAGAAGAACAAAAUGUGGUUGAUCAGAAUAAAGAAAGUUUGAAAAAGAAAAAACAAAAAUUACAACUGGAAAAACAAUCUUUAUUAGGGUUAAAACAAAAAUUGGAACAAAAACAAAAUGAUUUGAUGUUAACUGGUUUUUUGGGAAAGUGA